AUGCAAGCAGUCGUCACAUAUCUGAAAGAACAAUCACGAACAAAGCUACGGGACUACGACUCGGAGCGGCCAACGUACAUCACGGAGCUGCUUGAGCGAUGGAAGGGUAUGGAACCAGGUACAUUGCUGGCAGACAUACCCACGAAGCUCGGGCUUUCAGCAGACGCACGAUCGCAUGCGGCGGAUGUGUACGACACACAACGAGAGCGGGCUGCACCAGCGGAUCAGAUUCAAAAUAGAUCGGAGAAGCCAGCGGCAUUCCAGCAUACUCUUGUGAAUCUGUCGAUCAACGGUGUGAUCCCGCCCGCCAACUAUACUGCCCGGAACGAUGUGGUUGUUAUUGUGAUCACACUUGCGGUGGCUUUGGUGGCUAUCGUAUGGCUGCUCGUCUCCCGAUGA